GGACGCGCGGCUUCCCCGCCAUGGCUUCUCGUGGCCUUGUUGGCAUCUUCUUCCUUUCUGCUCUCCCUCUCUUGUGUCUGGAACUCCGGCGUGGGGGCCCGGAUGUAGGAAUUAAAGAUUUCAUUUUGCUGUGUGGCCGGAUUUUCUUACUCCUUGCUCUUCUCACUUUAAUUAUUUCUGUGACUACCUCAUGGCUUAACUCAUUUAAGUCUUCCCAAGUUUAUCUGAAAGAAGAAGAAGAGAAGAAUGAGAAAAGGCAAAAACUUGUGAGAAAAAAACAACAAGAGGUACAGGGUGAAAAGGCCAGCAGAUAUGUAGAGAACGUUUUAAAACCUCACCAGGAAAUGAAAUUGAAAAAACUGGAGGAGCGCUUUUAUCAAAUGACAGGUGAAACCUGGAAGUUAAGCAGUGGUCACAAACUUGGGGGUGAUGAAGAUUCGGUGCUUGAAAAUGCGAGUCACACAUGUUUUGAAACAUCAAACAGAGACGCCGCAAAGAAACGGAAAUUACCUAAGCCUUUAACUAAAGUUUCACCACCUGCUGAACAGCCCACGCAGAACAAGGUUCCUGAUUUACCUGAAGAACCUUCUGAAACAGCUGCAGAAGUAGUCACCGUUGCUCUUCGCCGUCCCAGUGGGAGUGUCCUGAGGAGAAGGUUUUUUAAGUCUUGCAGUUCACAGGUCUUACUUGACUGGAUGAUGAAAACUGGGUACCACACGUCCCUGUACGGCCUUUCCACCUCCUUUCCCAGAAGGCCUCUGGAAGUGGAGGGAGGCCGGUCGCUGGAGGACAUAGGAAUAGCUGUGGAUACUGUACUCAACGUGGAAGAGAAAGAGCAGAGCAGCUAGUUAAGAAAUGAGAACUACCUGUUCUACACGAGCUCAGUUGUGCCGUGACCUUACGGGACAAUAAAGGACUCACACUGAGACAUGCCGUACCUUGACUGAUUGCUUUAAUGUCACGGGACCAUUCGGACAUAAAGGAUAAGUUAGAAAAGGGUUGUUCUCUGCAUAUAAUAAUUUGUGGAAGGGCCAUCUUGUAAUGUACCAAAUGAGAACGAGGUAAAAAUGUAUACAGUAGGCAUUAUUUUUUUUCCCAGCUGACAUCAUUUCUCAGUAUGUUAAAAAACAAAAUCAUAGGACUUUGAUUUCUGCCUCUUCAGUCCUUCUUACCACACAGUGAGUAUUUCACAAUUCAGUCAAACCCUUCAAAGUCUUUUAAAAAGGAGUGUUUAUUCUGCUGUAUUUCUAGAAAUUAAAAUUUUUAAAGAAGUUUCAAAGCUCUUUAAGGCUUUAAAGUUCCUUUUGAUAAGUAUGUAUUACUGUUUACUCAACUAAUGUUUGCAAUUUAAAUAAUUUUGCCUUGUAUUAUAACAUUUACAAAGUUCCAAGUGGAUCAGUAUUUUAAAAAAUAAAACUAUGAAAGCAUUAAAACAUAGGUGAAGUUUUAAAAAA